UACGAGCGUAGCACGAGUUUUGGUAGUAGGAGGAAUACAAUUUUACCGGGCUAAUCGCAAGCAACGUAGGACAGUCUGCAUCUAAACUAUCAUGUCUAUCAGGAGGCGGCAGGAGCAGCAAUGGGUAGCCUGCAUCGGUGAUUUUUCCAUUUUGAGGGAUUUUCUGUCAAAGAAAAGAAAUCGCUCGCCUUGGAUCGUGCUUAAGUUCUUGGAUGCUCUUUUAAGGGGCUAUGGACAGGUGGUUUUUGCCAACAAUCCAAUCAGCGGAUUGCUCAUAGCUGGUGCAUUUGCAUUCUUCAUACCUGGAAUGAUGUUGAUGGCUAUUUGCGCUGGAAUAAUAGGUCUGUCGUUAUCAAUGUUAAUUGCGGACGAGCCGCGAUCUCAGCUUGAGAACGGUUUGACAGUCUUCAACCCUAUUCUCUGUGGCUCAUUGACGUAUACAUCGAGGCCUGACGUCUUCGAUUCAUUCGACGGUCGGCUAUUCUCAUAUUUAUUCGUGGCGUUGAUUUUCAGUGUCUACUUGGCUCGAGCUCUCGAAAGUGGAAAACUUCCCUGUUUGUCGGCACCGUGCAACGUUGUUCAAGUUAUAUUCAUAUUUACCCUCGCCUCAAGAGGUAGCAACAUUUCACCAGUGGCUGAAAACACGACUGCCGAGGUGCACGGAACUUCGACACCUGAUUUAUUUCCUGAAAAUUAUACCGAAGCAAGUGUUUUAAAUAACAGCGAUGACCACGUGAACUGGGGAAUGGUAUUUCGCGGUAUGCUGACCUCUUCCGGCCAGGUUUACACCGCGGACAACGUGGCAGUAUCUUCAAUAAUUUAUCUCGCCAUCUUGACCUACUCACCGAUAACGGCAGCAUUUUCUUUCACCGGAGCAAUGGUUGGCUCUCUUACGGGCCUGGCCCUCGACGUCCCCAUCGAAGAGGUUUACUCGGGAUCCUGGGGUUACAACGGACUUCUGACAACCAGUAGCCUAGGUGGCCUCUUCUUUGUCCUUAACUUUCAAACUACAAUCGCUGCUGUUUUUGCCGGCAUGUUUGCAACGAUUCUUCAAAGCGUCUUUACUCCACUGUUCGCCAAGAUUGGGUUACCAGUCCUUUCGGUGCCUUUUGUUUUAACAACGUGGCUGUUCCUUGGAAUCCAAGGAUCGGAAGGUUCGGGAUUCGUUCAUCCGGAAACGAUAUCGUUCCCCGAGAAACAUCGCCGUGACUACAUCUCGUCUCAACGAACAGCAACGCCUCUCUCAGAGUCCGACGAUUCGGAAGAUGUCGACAUCAUCGUCGAGGCGAAACCGUCUUAACACAAUAUGCUACCAUGGAAAAGAAUGUGAAAUUCGCAUAUUCGCAAAACUGCUGGAUAUCUUUAUACAGGGGGUAAAAUAUUUUUAGCAAUACUUGUAUGAAUGAAUAAGUAA